GCUUAAUGGUCCAUGCUGCAGGGUCCUGCCUCUCAGUUUGUGUUUGAGGCUUUUUGUACUGUACGAAGAGAAUGGUUGGCUCGUUUGUUUGUCCUAUCUAUGUAUCCUGCAAGGAUACAAUGAGAACUGCCCGGGUGUGACUCUUGGGAUGGGAUUAUUGGGGUCUGGUGAUAAUGCUUGUAGCCGGGGUCAUGGUUGAUCUUUCGACGCUAGGGACUUGGUUAAACUAUGGUAUUCGAGCUUGGAAUUUGAAGUGUUCAAGUUGUGGUUGAGCAUAAUUGUUGGUGGAGGACAAUCGAUGCACAUACCCCAAACCCCAUGCGGAGCCACCCGGUGUCAGAAAAUAUAUAUCGUUCAACCAGAGAAAUGCCCAGCACGGACUUCGCGAUCUGACAUGGAGACACUAUACAUUCCGACAAAAAGCGUCCAUGUCUCCACUGGCUCCAUCACAGAUGCUAUACACGGCGCUAGACUACAGUUUCACCACCUAAUUCUCAUGGCUAUCCAGCAUAAACCAUGUUUUCGGUCGCGUAGUAGUGAGGUGUUCGCCGGAAUGGUGCAACGACGUCAUAGCCCGCAGCUACUCCGAUUCCGAUCGCGACCCUCGAACUUCGACAUCAGUCGACUCCCGGUAUUGACAGACUCUCCAGUCUCAAAACAACCAACCGCCCGCUCGAGUCUCACGAAAAGGCUUCUUUUGAACAGAGUUGAUGGAUUUGAGUCCGAAGCAAGGUGGUGCUGUACGUUCUUCAAUGGCUGAGAGAACACGCCACAGGGAAACUGAUUUCAAUGCAGGACGGAGGGGUAGAUGGCGAGAUGGACGAUCCGAAUCAGUUGGAGGUAUUGUUUCAGUCACGCUCUUCCAUCUCAAUUGAAAGCGAGCAGAGCUGACCGUAUGUGACAAAU